GAAGUAUCAAUUCCGCCAUAUUGAAACUAAUGUAAUCAAUCAGAAUGGCAGAACCACAAAAAUUGAAAAUCGAAACGGGGACAAAUUCUUUUACCAUGAAGGGGAGGCCUUGUGAGCUUUCAGCUUUUUCCUUUAUUCCAACUGAAAGAGAUGAUCCCCCGGAAAGAACUGUCUUCAACACUCCAAAACAGUUGAUUAAAAAACGACAACAGGACAGAUACCCAAGGUCAACAUAUGAGAGAUUAUUUAGAAAAGAAUAUGGUUACAACAACAAACUUCAUCGAGAUGACAGAGAACACGCCAAAUCAAGGGGACUUGUUGUCAACAAAGAGGAAAUGCCCAAGGAAGUGCCUACUUUGUCUUCCUCAGAAUACGGACACCGACUGGAACUGUUUGCGGACCAUCCCGACCGGAAGCAUGUGCGGAUAGCACACGUCCGGGCAGAGUUCUUCAGGAGAAAUGGAAUCACUUCUUGAUGACAUGAUUCAUCACAAGUGAUGCCUUUGGACUCAGUAUUUUUUGUUCCACCGUUUACUCCUCUCCAAUUUUCAAAAGCCUAACUUCUUUCUGAUCUGGAGUGUUGUUCCCCAUCAACGAUUAAACUGUCUAUUGUGCCUGUCUAAUGCAAAAUGAUAUGCUUUUCAACGUUUUCAUUGUGAAGAGAAUUUGGUACACUGCUUUCCUUUACAUUGUCCAGGUGCAAUUGUUACACAUGCAGUUAUAGUCAAUUUAUCUAUUAUUAUGUGUAUUUGUAUGCUAGACACAGUUGUGUAUUCAGAAAGUUUUUGACUGUAUAAUUAAUGGACUGUGAUAAAUUUGUGAUCAGAAAUAAAUGUUGCCAUUGUUCCUACA